UUGUUUGAUGGGUCCGGAUCAACCCGUUGAGAUUUUUCUUGUUGAUUCCGUGAUCUAAUCUCCCAUUCGUCAACGUAGAUGCCGGAGUAACAGUCGCAUGGCAGAGGCAUUGGCCAUUGCAGUAGGAAAAUACACAUACAUACACGAAGUAGGUUAAGGCCCACCUGAAGCCAUUGACGCCCACCAUAUUGUGGUUCGAAGGAGUAGAGAAAAGGGUUUCAAUUUAUGCCUCUUUACUCUUCUCCUUUUUCCCUAUCCCACCUUUCUGUUAUUCCGGCAGGGAAAGCUAGAUACUCUUCAUAUUUGGAGCUUAGUUAUCAUGGCAUCGCUCAUGAGGUUAUUUCUAAAGAAGCCAGUUAAGAAAGAGUCUGUUCUAAUUCUGCCAGCUUUUGGAGUUCAACUAGAAACUCAGUAUGGAAGUGGGAAAACAGUUCGCCAGUUUGUCCCCAUUAGCAGGAUUUUGAAACCAGUGCUGACAGAAUGUGUCACACCAGUCACCUGUUAUUGGAGUCUAUCUCUGAUUAUUCGAGGAGAGGAAGAACUUAUGCUAGUUUUCAAGGAAUUGCGUCCACCAGUGAAAAUGUUAGCGCCCAUUUGGAAGGCUUUAUGUGCUGCCAUCGAAUGUGGAGAAUGCACGGAGGCGAUUACAUAGAUUGUAAUAGUAUAAUCUCAAUCGAUUCAAUUUCUAAUAUAAUUUUUUUUUCAGAAUUUGUAUUCUUUACAUUUAAAGUUGUAAAUGGCAUGAUAUAGGUCGCCAUAUUGUCAUCACACAUGCUUCCUGCAAAAGGCUAAAUCAAAUGAGGUGCUUACUGCAUUGGAACCACUUUUCAUACAGGAUACUUUCUUCUAGAAAUUUUAGUUUUCCUUUUCCAUUACCUUGUAAAUAAACCAGGUCCAGAUGCCAAAGCUCUAGUUCUAGUUCUUUUACAGAU